AUAUUUGGGGGCUCGUCCGGGAUCCCUUGACCGGGGGAAGAGAACACUUCCAGGACAGAGGGGAAGGAUAGAUAAUAGCACCGGUGCUCAGGCAGGACAAGAAGUCCAGUGUAAAUCCAAGGCCCUGCUGUGAAGCAGGAAGGUAUCUGGCACAGGAGAAAGCUUUCUAUAGGGGGUCAGGCCAGCCGGCGUAAGACCGAGGCCAGCAGACGCGCUGGAAGGCAGCCGCCUCUGUGGGAAGGAGAGUUCCUCUCCUGAUCCUGAGUCUAGUGAGCAGUGGACGCCAUUCGGUAAGGUGAACCUAGUACCGGGGAGCAAGAAAAUUCAGGGGGCCCAAAAACCCAGCGCUGUGUUGUCGGCCGAUGUUUGUCCGUGUGUUUGUCUUGGCUCUCCGUGUUUGUGUGUGUGCCGGCAUUGUCUCUGGUCUCGUUCUCUUCUGGUGCAUCGUUCUCUUUUCUCUCUUCUGACUUACUCUCCUCUUCUUCUCUGAUCUGCCCUCAACUCCUUUUCUUUUCAGGAGUUUCAGUGAACAGGCGAACGGUUGUGGGGACAAUUGAUGAGUCCCGGCCAGGGCUACACUCUGGCGGACUCUGAAGGCCCUACAAUAAGUGAGCCUCAGUAACUAGAGCCCGACCGGGUGAAACUCUCCUUUAACAUCUUUAACUGAGGACGUGGCCUAAAAUUCUUCGUGUGGGCACAGGUCAGGCUUUAGGGCGCCUGCCACUUAAAGACUCUCGUGAGAGGAUAAGGGGGUCACGGAACGGGCUAGAAACCCCUAGGGUGCCCGCCCCCAGCAAGAAAACUUCCGUGCAAUGACACAGGCACAUAAACAGUUCCAAAAGCAUACCAUAAGCCCAACUUCUUGGCCACCACCACUCCCAGUAGGAUUUUUUGGUGGUCAUUCUCAGUGACUUUCUCUCUCUCUCUCUCUCUCUCUCUCUCUCUCUCUUCCCUACCAUUUAUUCUUUGACCAUGGGUCAGGGAGAAUCUACCCCACUUUCCCUCAUCACUGACCAUUUUUCGAAUGUUAGGGCCAGGGCCCAUAACUUGUAUUUGCUAGUCAAGAAAAGUAAAUUAAUAACCUUUUGCUCUGCAGAGUGGCCCGCCUUCCGGGUUGGAUGGCCUCCAGAAGGCACCUUUCAACCGUCCAUCAUACAGGCUGUGAAGGAAGGAGAUUAUGGCUCCUGAUCCCUGGGGCCAUCUGGGUCACUUCCCCCAUGUCAUGGUUUGGCAGGAUCUAGUGGAAAAUCCACCUAAGUGGUUAAAACCUUUCGUUCACAAACCUCCUAGUUCUUCUAAUUCACAGGUCCUGGUGAUGGAGACCCCCCGGAGGAAACCAAAAAGAAAGAGGACCCAAAACUAGUCUUUCAGGAAUCAUCUUAUCCAAACCUGAUAGAUCUAGAAAUGGAGAUGAGGCCUCCGCCAUAUGUACCCCCCUUGCAAUUACCUCCGAGGAGAGAAGCUCCCACGGGUGAACCGAGAGGAUUAGGAGGGCCAAUGGGAACCGACCGUGAGGGGGGACCGGCAUUGGGGACCCGGGGGAGGACUAGGGGAGAUAGGGGUGGCCAAGACCCUGGGGACCCAGAGUUACCUUCAUCCACUGUUCAGACGCUCCCCGUCCGAGUGGGACCAGCUAACCUGGACGGAGAGCAAACCUAUCAGUACUGGCCCUUUUCCACGAGUGACCUGUACAAUUAGAAGACACCAAACCCUCCUUUCUCAGAGAAACCCCAAGGCCACAUUGACCUCUUAGAUUCCAUUUCGUUCACUCACAACCCCACCUGGGAUGAUUGUCAGCAGCUGUUGCAGGUGCUCUUCACCGCAGAAGAACGGGAGCGAAUUCUGGCAGAGGCACAGAAACAGGUCCCGGGGGCCGACAGGAGGCCAACCGCCCAGCUUCAUCUCGUGGACGAGGGGUUUCCUCUGUUGCGGCCUAACUGGGAUUUUGAGCGAGCGGAAGGUAGGGAGUGUCUCCGAGUAUACCGCCAGACUCUGAUGGCAGGCCUGCGGGCCGCAGCUAGGAAGCCGACAAAUUUGGCGAAGGUAAAUUUAGUAAGGCAAGAGCCCACUGAGAGCCCGGCAGCCUUCCUAGAGAGGCUGUUGGAAGCUUUCAGGCAAUAUACACCUAUGGACCCCCAGGCUGAGGAGUCACGCGCUGCAGUUCUGUUAGCGUUUGUAAAUCAGGCAGCCCCAGAUAUUAGGAGGAAAUUACAAAAGAUAGAGGGGUUGGGAGAACAGACAAUACAAGACUUACUGAAAUCAGCUGAAAAGGUAUUUAAUAAUAGGGAGACCCCAGAAGAAAGGGAAGAACGACUUCGUCGGGAGAAAAGGGAACUAGCUGAGAAGAUCAGGAAAGAAGAUAAGGAACAUAGGGCGAAGGAAAACUGGAAGAACGAGAGAGAGCUAGCCCAGAUUCUUUUUGCGGGGAUGAAGGCCGGAACAGAAUUGAGGGAGCCUCGAGACUCCCAGACGGGAGAAAAAGAGAGACCAAAAAGGCAGGCCCUAAAGAAAGAUCAGUGUGCCUACUGCAAAGAACAGGGGCACUGGAAAAACGAGUGCCCUAAGAGGGACCCAAGGAGAGGAACGACCCAGAGAGAGAGAAUCUCCCCUGGAACUCGAGUUCUAUAUGCGGGGGAAGACAGUGACUAGGGGGGGUCAAGACUCGGCACCCCUCCCCGAGUCCUGGGUAACCAUACAUGUGGAGGGGAAACCCGUUGGCUUCAUGGUAGAUACUGGCGCCCAACACUCUGUUUUAAAUCAAAAACUGGGACCAAUGUCUAAGAAAACCAGCUUAGUGCAAGGAGCCACGGGGACAAAAAGAUAUUGUUGGACCACAGAAUGAAAAGUAAAUCUGGGGACCCACCACGUGUCCCAUUCGUUUUUGGUGAUACCAGAAUGCCCAGCCCCUCUACUUGGAAGAGACUUGUUGACUAAAGUUAAUGCUCAGAUCCAUUUUGACCCUGGGGGAAUGUCAGUCACGGAUGGACUUGGACAACCGAUACAUGUCUUAUCCCUAGCCUUAAGAGAUGAAUACAGACUUUUUGCACCUAAGCCCUCAGAGACCAUAGCACCAGAUGUACAACUGUGGGUCCAUAAAUACCCAUUGGCCUGGGCAGAAACGGUAAGAAUGGGACCGGCCAAACAGAGACAUCCGGUCAUCAUCGAGCUAAAGGCCGAGGCAAUUCCUGUGAGGGUGAGACAGUACCCCAUGAGCCAGGAAGCUCAGCGGGGGAUCACUCCCCACAUUCGACGUCUCAUGGAUACCGGAAUUCUCAAGCGGGGCCAAUCCCCUUGGAACACCCCCUUACUGCCGGUGAAGAAGCCAGGGGGGACAGAUUACAGACCUGUCGAAGACCUUCGAGAAGUCAACAAAUGGGACAAAUUCACCGCCUUGGGGACGCCAGCUGCUGCUUUGGAGGAAGCGACAGAUCCCGCGCAACCAAUCAGAUGUGAGGAAGGAUUCAGGCAGGUCUCCCAUUGGCUUACUCCACCCCUCCGGAGAAUAGAGCCCCUUGAAUAAGCACCUACAAUUUUCUUGGCUCAAAGCAGAGCUUCCGAGAAUGCUGAGCAAUGAAAUAGAUGAUGAAGUUCAGAGAGGGGCAGGGAGUUGCCCGCAACCACACAGUACGUCCUCAGCUUGACCCCUCCGUUCUGUCUGCUGUCCAUUUCCACCAUGGCCUUCUGGACACAGCUGAUGCUGCUGCUUUGGAAGAAUUUCCUGUAUCGCAAGAGGCAGCCGAUCCAACUCUUGGUGGAGUUGUUGUGGCCGCUCUUUCUCUUCUUCAUCCUGGUGGCCGUUCGCCAUUCCCAUCCCCCACUCGAGCAGCAUGAAUGUCAUUUUCCCAACAAGCCGCUGCCUUCAGCGGGCACUAUCCCUUGGCUCCAGGGCCUCAUCUGCAACGUGAACAACACCUGCUUCCCGUGGCAAACCCCCGGCGAGGAGCCUGGCAUCCUCAGCAACUUCAAGGACUCCCUGGUUUCCCGGCUCUUGGCAGAUGCUCGCACUGUCCUGGGGGGCCCCAGUGCCCAUAGGAUGCUGGCUAGCCUGAGAAAACUGAUGCCCAUUCUGAAGGCUGCACGCACAGCGCGAGCAAGUGAGAAGGCGGGACUGUGGCAGGAGUCUCUGGGCUCUGUGCUGGGCCAGGCCCAGGAGUCCAUGGGCAGCCUUGUGGAGACUGCAGAGGACAUGGCCCAGGAGCUCCUGGAGCUGCCCAGCCUGGGGGAGCUGUGGGCCCUGCUACAGAGACCCCACAGGCCAGGUGGUCCCCUGGAGGCGGUGGCAGAAGCCCUUUGCAGUGCCAGGGGGCCCAGCAAACCAGGUGGGCCCUCCCUCAACUGGUAUGAGGCCAGUGACCUGAAGGAGCUUGUGGGGCAGGAGCCAGCGCAGGCCCUGUGGGACAACAGCCUGAGCCCCACCUGCGCUGAGCUGACGGGGGCCCUGGACACCCACCCCCUAUCCCGCCUGCUGUGGAGGCGCCUGAAGCCACUGGUCCUGGGGAAAGUACUGUUCACGCCUGACACACCCUUCACCCGGCAGAUCAUGGCCCAGGUCAACCGAACUUUCCAGGAGCUGGCGCUGUUGAAGGACAUCCAGGAGGUGUGGGGGCUGCUGGGACCCCAGCUCUUUAACUUCCUGAACGAUAGUGCCAAUAUCGCCAUGCUGCAGAGGCUCCUGCAGAUCCAGGACAAGGGAAGGAGGCAGCCAAGACUCGGAGGUGGGGCCAGAGUGGAAGCUCUUCAUGCCUUUCUGAAUCCCCGCAGCGGUGGCUACAGCUGGCAGAAGGCCCACGCUGAUGUGGGACACCUGGCGGUCACACUGGGCCGUGUGAUGGAGUGCGUGACUCUGGACAGGCUGGAGGCCGCCCCUUCAGAGGCUGCCCUGGUGGAGCGGGCCCUGAAGCUGCUCUCCGAGCACCGUUUCUGGGCCGGCAUCGUUUUUCUGGGGCCUGAGGACUCCCCGGACCCCGCUCAGUCCCCAGGCCCUGGCCACGUGCGCAUCAAGAUCCGCAUGGAUAUCGAUGAUGUCACAAGAACCAAUAAGAUCAAGGACAGGUUUUGGGACCCCGGUCCGGCCGCUGACCCCCUGACGGACCUGCGCUACGUGUGGGGUGGCUUCGUGUACCUGCAGGACCUGCUGGAGCGCGCAGCUGUGCGCGUGCUCACAGGGACCACCCCCCAUGCCGGCCUCUACCUCCAGCAGAUGCCCUACCCCUGCUACGUGGACGAUGCGUUCCUGCGCUUGCUGAGCCGGUCACUGCCACUCUUCCUGACACUGGCUUGGAUCUACUCGGUGGCGUUGACGGUGAAGGCCGUGGUGCGUGAGAAGGAGACUCGGCUGCGCUACACGAUGCGCGCCAUGGGGCUCAGCGCCACUGCACUGUGGCUGGGCUGGUUCCUCAGCUGCCUCGGGCCCUUCCUCCUCAGCACCGCGCUGCUUGUGCUGGUGCUCAAGCUCGGGGACAUCCUCCCCUACAGCCACCCGGGGGUGCUGUUCCUGUUCUUGGCGGCUUUCGCUGUGGCCACGGUGGUCCAAAGUUUCUUGCUGAGCGCAUUCUUCUCCCGAGCGAACUUGGCAGCCGCCUGCGGGGGUCUUGCCUAUUUCGUACUCUAUCUGCCCUACGUGCUGUGCGUGGCCUGGAGGGACCAGCUGCCCGUGGGCGGCCGCGUGGCCGCGAGCCUUCUGUCGCCCGUGGCCUUUGGUUUUGGCUGCGAGAGCCUGGCGCUGCUGGAGGAGCAGGGCGAGGGUGCGCAGUGGCACAACAUGGGCACCGGGCCUACAGCAGAUGUCUUCAGCUUGGCCCAGGUCUCGGGCCUUCUGCUGCUCGAUGCCGCUCUCUAUGGCCUCGCCACUUGGUACCUGGAGGCGGUGUGCCCAGGCGAGUACGGGAUUCCCGAACCAUGGAACUUUCCCUUUCGGAGGAGCUACUGGUUUGGGUCUCAGACCCCCAAGGGUCCUGCCCCAAUCCUGGCUGUGCAGGACCCCAAGGUGCUGGUGGAGGAGGCACCCCCUGGCCUGAUUCCGGGGGUCUCCAUACGCGGCCUGGAAAAGCGCUUUCCUGGCAACCCGCAGCCAGCGCUGUGCGGACUCAGCCUGGACUUCUACCAGGGCCACAUCACCGCCUUCCUGGGCCACAAUGGGGCUGGCAAAACGACCACAAUGUCCAUCCUGAGUGGCCUCUUUCCACCCACGGCUGGCUCCGCCUCUGUCCUGGGCCACGACGUCCGGACCAGCAUGGCAGCCAUCCGGCCCUGCCUGGGUGUCUGCCCGCAGUACAACAUACUCUUUGACCUGCUGACUGUGGAUGAGCACGUCUGGUUCUAUGGGCGGUUGAAGGGUCUGAGCGCAGCUGCCAUGGGUCCCGAGCAGGACCGGCUGCUGCAGGACAUGGGGCUGAUCCCCAAGAGGCAUGCACAGACUCAUCACCUGUCAGGCGGGAUGCAGCGGAAGCUCUCAGUAGCCAUUGCCUUUGUGGGUGGCUCCCAAGUUGUUAUCCUGGAUGAGCCCACAGCUGGUGUAGACCCCACUUCCCGUCGAGGCAUCUGGGAGCUGCUGCUCAAAUAUCGGGAAGGUCGCACACUGAUCCUCUCCACCCACCACCUGGAUGAGGCGGAGCUGCUGGGAGACAGGGUGGCGAUAGUGGCAGGGGGCCGCCUGUGCUGCUGUGGCUCUCCUCUCUUCCUGCGGCGUCACUUGGGCUCCGGAUACUACUUGACAUUGGCCAAGGGUCCCCCACCCCUGGCCACCAGCAAAAAGGGUGAAACUGGCUUGAAGAACAGCAUGGAUGCUGGGCAGAAAAGGGAGCCAGGAGGCCAGGCCAGCUCUGCCGGUGCAGCCCAGCUGUGGGCCAUAGUGCAGCGCCAAGUGCCCGGCACACGACUGGUCAAGGAUCUGCCACAUGAACUGGUGCUGGCAUUGCCCUACAAGGGCGCCCUGGAUGGCAGCUUCGCUGAGCUCUUCCAUGAUCUGGACCAGCGGCUGGGGGAGCUGGGACUGGCUGGCUAUGGGAUCUCCGACACUAGCCUGGAGGAGAUCUUCCUGAAGGUGGUGGAAGAUUGUGCUGUGGACACAGGCCCAGAGGAUGGUAGGCCCAGGCAAGGUUCGUGCUUGGGUAUUUCUCAUCCCAACGCGACUAGGCAGCUCCAAGUUCCUCCAGAGGAGACAGCCCUGGAGAAUGGGGGGCUGGCUGGCUCUGCCCCUGAGACACAGGCACUACAGGGCUCUGGGCCGGCCACCGCAGGCCGCGUACACAGCUGGGCGCUCACUUGUCAGCAGCUCCGGGCCUUACUUCUCAAGCGUUUCCUGCUUGCCCGCCGCAGCCGCCGUGGCCUGUUUGCCCAGAUUGUGCUGCCUGCCCUCUUUGUGGGCCUGGCACUGGUGUUCAGCCUCAUUGCACCCCCGUUUGGAUACUACCCGGCUCUGCGGCUGAGCCCCAGCAUGUACGGCUCCCAGGUGUCCUUCUUCAGCGAUGACACUCCAGGGGACCCUGAACACUCCCGCCUGGUCGAGGCCCUGCUGGAGGAGGCCGGACUGGAGGAGGCUUACCCGAAAAGUAACUCCAGCAGGGCACCAGCAUGCACACGGCCUGCCCUCUGCCACUUCUCGGUGCCUGAGGUCCCUGCAGACGUGGCUGAAGUCUUGGCCAGUGGCAACUGGACCCUGGAGUCUCCAUCCCCCGCCUGCCAGUGCAGCCAGCCUGGUGCCCACCGCCUGCUGCCUGACUGCCCUGCUGCAGCCGGUGGCCCCCCGCCACCCCAGGCACCAACCAGCUCUGGUGAAGUGGUCCAGAACCUAACGGGCCGGAACCUAUCUGACUUCCUGGUCAAGACCUACCCGCGCCUGGUGCGCCAAGGCCUGAAGACCAAGAAAUGGGUGAACGAGGUCAGGUAUGGGGGCUUCUCCCUUGGGGGCCAAGACCCAGGCCUGCCCUCGGGCUUGGAGGUGGGCCGCUCUGUGGAGGAGCUGCGGGCACUGCUGAACCCCACACCAGGCGAGGCCCUCGACUACCUCCUGAAUAACCUCACAGCAUGGGCUGUUGGUCUGGACACUCAGGAUGGCCUCAAGAUCUGGUUUAACAACAAGGGCUGGCACGCCAUGGUGGCCUUUGUAAACCGAGCCUACAACGCUCUCCUACACGCCCACCUGCCACCAGGCCUCUCCCACCAUGCCCACAGCAUCACCACGCUCAAUCACCCCCUGAACCUCACCAAGGAGCAGUUGUCUGAGGCUGCGCUGAUGGCCUCCUCAGUGGACGUGCUUGUCUCCAUCUGCGUGGUCUUCGCCAUGUCCUUUGUCCCGGCCAGCUUCAUCCUUGUCCUCAUUGACGAGCGUGUCACCCGAGCCAAACACCUGCAGUGCAUGGGAGGCCUGCCCCCCACUCUCUACUGGCUUGGCAACUUUCUCUGGGACAUGUGUAACUACUUGGUGUCAGCGUGCAUCGUGGUGCUCAUCUUUUUGGCCUUCCAGCAGAGGGCAUAUGUGGCCCCUGCCAACCUGCCUGCCCUCCUGCUGUUGCUACUACUGUACGGCUGGUCGAUCACGCCACUCAUGUACCCAGCCUCCUUCUUCUUCUCCGUGCCCAGCACAGCCUAUGUUGUGCUCACCUGCAUCAAUCUCUUUAUUGGUAUCAAUGGCAGCAUGGCCACCUUCGUGCUUGAGCUCUUCUCUGAUCAGAAGUUGCAGAAGGUGAGCCGGAUCCUGAAACAGGUCUUCCUUAUCUUUCCUCACUUCUGCUUGGGUCGGGGCCUCAUCGACAUGGUGCGGAACCAGGCCAUGGCUGAUGCCUUUGAGCGCUUGGGAGAGGGGCAUUUCCAGUCGCCCCUGCGUUGGGAGGUGGUCGGCAAGAACCUCUUGGCCAUGUUCAUACAGGGGCCAAUCUUCCUCCUCUUUACACUACUGCUUCAGCACCACAACCGCCUCCUACCACAACCCAGGCUGAGGCCAUUACCCGCCCUGGGAGAGGAGGAUGAGGAUGUGGCCCGUGAGCGGGAACGGGUAGUACAAGGGGCCACCCAGGGGGAUGUGUUGGUACUGAGGGACCUGACCAAGGUGUACCCUGGGCAGAGGACGCCAGCUGUUGACCGCCUGUGCCUGGGGAUUCCCCCUGGUGAGUGUUUCGGGCUGCUGGGCGUGAACGGAGCAGGGAAAACGUCCACAUUCCGCAUGGUGACUGGGGACACUCUGCCCAGUGGGGGCGAGGCCAUUCUGGAAGGCCACAGCGUGGCCCAGGAACCGGCCGCAGCUCACUGCCGCAUGGGCUACUGCCCUCAGUCGGAUGCCAUCUUCGAGCUGCUGACCGGUCGCGAGCACCUGGAGCUGUAUGCACGCCUGCGAGGAGUCCCUGAAGCCCAAGUUGCCCAGACAGCAAGCUACGGCCUGGCACGCCUGGGCCUCCCUCAGUAUGCUGACCGACCUGCGGGCACCUACAGCGGUGGCAACAAGCGGAAGCUGGCGACAGCCGUGGCUCUGGUGGGGGACCCAGCUUUAGUCUUUCUGGACGAGCCGACCACUGGCAUGGACCCUGGUGCCCGGCGGUUCCUCUGGAACAGUCUUCUGGCUGUGGUGCGGGAGGGCCGCUCCGUGGUACUCACCUCACACAGCAUGGAGGAGUGCGAGGCACUCUGUACGCGCCUGGCCAUCAUGGUGAAUGGGCGGUUCCGCUGCCUGGGCAGCACACAGCACCUCAAGGGCAGAUUUGGGGCUGGCCAUACACUGACCCUGAGGGUGCCCUUGUCGAGAUCCAAGUCGGCGGCUGACUUCGUGGCCCAGGCGUUCCCGGGAGCUGAGCUGCGGGAGGCACAUGGUGGCCGCCUGCGCUUCCAGCUGCUGCCAGGAGGGCGCUGCACCUUGGCGCUCGUCUUUGGAUUGCUGGCGGCAAGCGGCGCAGAGCAUGGUGUGGAGGACUUCUCUGUGAGCCAGACCACACUGGAGGAGGUAUUCUUGUACUUCUCCAAGGAUCAGGGCAAAGAGGAAGAUGAGAAGGAGACAGAAGUGGGGGCUGACCCUGUGCCAAGCCCACAGCGCCCCAAACUCAUAACCCAGUUCCUUGAUGACCACGACAUGGCUGAGACGGUCCUCUGAGCCUCCUCCUCUAUGGAGCUGGGGGGACCAAAGCAGGGCAGAGGGGCUGAAGCCUGACCCAGACUCCAGGGGCCCUGGAGGAAAUAAAGGGAAGCUGUGGUGUGAAGCACCAUG